CCCGGUCUCCCUUCCCAACCCCUCCCCCUGGGCUGUUUGAGAUGUAACCUUCUACCUGAACACCAUCUCCCUGGUCUCAGUCCUUAACUCUGGUCCAUAAUUCCUGCUUGGUACCAUCUCCACCGACUCACAGGAGACUGCCAUCUGUCCUUCCUGGAAUCUCUAAGGUUUCUGCUUUCCUCAGGUCCCAAUGGCAGACAGUGACAGCUCAUCUGAGAUGCCUGCCCAUUCUCCAUCUCCUAGCCCUAUUCCUUGUGCUAAGCAAAAACCACCGAAUACUGGGAUCACCAUUUCCCUCCUUGAAAUCGGAUCACUCCCCACUUUCUGCUGCAGCUCCUUCUCAGAACCAAAUAAUAAUAUGUGUCCAAUAAGAAAACAAGGGAAGGUACAGAAAUUUAGCAAUCUCUUAAAAGACGUUAAAGAUGUUCUUAAAAACAUAGCAGGCUUUGAAGAGAAGACUACAGAUGGGGAUCCUUUUGAUGAUACCUAUAUUCCUGAAGACCUGUCAGAACUUAACAUCAGAGGUUUUGAUAAGAGAAAUAAACUUCGAUUUAAAGAUGAUCUAUUCAUUCAUUUCGACCCAGAGAGAGAAAACACAAUGAGGCAGGAGAUGUUAUUCAAAAGCCAUAGUGCUAAGAACAUGGUACAAAAGUUUGCAAGGGACCUGUGCAAUUCAGAAGAAAAGAGAGGCUGUGACGGCGUGCAGCUGAACGCGAAAAGACGUCGGACUGGGUCAGUUCACAUUCGUGGAGAGUACAGAAAACUCAGGAACAAUAUGGAGCAGUUACUGCAGGAAGCAGACCACUGGAGUAAACAGCACAAUGAACUCAGCGAACUCAUGAGAUCAUAUCAGGAAUGCCAUAAAGAAAUCAAAGACAUUGUUGACUGCAGUCGAGUCUGUUCGCAAACCCAAAACAACAACGAGGUACCCUCCAAGCAGAAACUGGAGGAGCAGGUGAAGAAACUGAGCCAAGACACCCACUCGCUGCAUUUGAUCGCAGCCCUGCUGGAGAACGAAUGUCAGAUCUUACAACAGAGGGUGGAUAUCCUCAGGGAAUUACAUCUCCACGAAGCAGGACCCGGGCACGAGAAGCCUUUGCAAACGUCUGGUGAGCAGGACAAGAAGUGUGGUGAGCAGGACAAGAAAUGUGGCGAGCAGGACAAGAAAUGUGGCGAGCAGGACAAGAAAUGUCCGAAGUUAGCGGAAGCAGAAAAGAUGGACGGUUCCAAGCAUACUAUGAAGACAACGGAAGGCACGAUUACUAGGAAACCAAAGAUCUUCAGGUGCCCUAAUGAUUGCCUUACUAAGAAGGCUCGAAAUAACCGCUUCAACGCCCGCGUUGCAAAGAAAUCUCUUGUGGGGAAAAGGAGAACCAUUAGCAGCUUUAGGUAGAAGCCGCCACAAGCAGAUCCAACUUGAGCCAAAACUGUUAUCCACCCAGGGUAGAUCUUCUGAUUCCACCAAGGAGGAGGCAUAGGAUAAGAGAAACCCAUAUUAUCUCAGUAGUUAGAGAAGUUUGGGCCUUAAUAACUAUUGUAUGUAUUGUUAACCAAGUGAAAAUUUGGGUAAAAACAAGAAUAAAAGGAAAGCACUUUA